UAACAAAACGUAGUGUAUAAUAUUACUUUGAGCUCAUCUGUUCAUGCGACCUGUUUUAGCGUACUUACACCACGGAGGCUAUAGAAUAUAACACAAACAUAGUUUAAAUGGUAUUUGAAAGGACCGUAUAUGUUUCAGGGCUUAAAUAAUUAAAACGACUACCAAGUUAUGCCAGGUAUAACCUAUGCGUUGAUGACAUCAACUUUAUCAUAGAAAAUUCCAUAAAGCAGUAGAGGUCUCUCCCCUCACUCGUUAGAGUACAGAGCAGACUAAUAGCAAGUGGUAUCCCGCGCACGCGGAGAGCAGAACAGCGCGUGCCAGCGCUACCGACGGAUUGUUAGCAUUUAUGGUAGGGCACUUUUAAGGUGACAACCAGCCGGAAUAUAGCUGGAAAUUCUCUGUUCAUUACAGACUAAACGUUGAUCUUGGAUUGCAGCAACAAAACAACAACAGGAACUCAAAAAAAGAUUUAUGUACUACGAUACUGUGAGCAGCAUUGAAGUAAGGUGAAACGGCAACAAACAAGACUGUAAAAGAAUUGUUCAAUUUUUUUAACUGAUGGUCAGAUUACCUAGAUUGUCGACAGAAUCUACAAAGCGAAGCUCGAAUUAUGAGACCCUUGAUAAUGAAGACUUCUGUUUCACCUUCUUGUAGUGUAAUGUCUGAUCCAAGAAAACAUCAUUUGCCAUAUAUUACACGAUUAGCAACAGAAGAGUUUUAACUGUUUGAUAUAUUCCUGAGUGGACUGCCGGAAUCGUAAGGAGGAAGGUCUUAACUCUUUGAUACAUCCCUGACUGGGCAACCUGUUCGAUUAGUAACAGAAAAGUUAUUAACUCUUUGACAUAUCACUCAUUGGACAGUUUGAUGUAUUAGUAACAGAAAAGGUAUUAACUGUGAGACAUAUUCUUCACUGGACAGUCUGAGGGAUUAGUAACAGAAAAGGUAUUAACUGUGAGACAUAUUCUUCACUGGACAGUCUGAGGGAUUAGUAACAGAAAAAGGUAUUAACUGUUUAACAUAUUCUUCACUGGACAGUUUGAUGGAUUAGUAACAGAAAAGGUAUUAACUGUUUGACAUAUUCUUCACUGGACAGUUUGAUGGAUUAGUAACAGAAAAGGUAUUAACUGUUUGACAUAUUCUUCACUGGACAGUUUGAUGGAUUAGUAACAGAAAAGGUAUUAACUGUUUGACAUAUUCUUCAUUGGACAGUUUGAUGGAUUAGUAACAGAAAAGGUAUUAACUGUGAGACAUCCCUGAUUAUCAGCAGAUUUUUAAGAUGCGUUCAAUAAGAAAAAUAUUUUCUUAAUAUAAACACAAAAUCAGAAGGCCCAGUGAAGGUUUCUCAACGAAACGGUUACAAUGAGAAGGCCAACUUCAUGGAUAAUAGCCGUUCUAGUAAUACAUAACUUGGAAAGUGUUCAUGUUCCUGACAACUUAAACGGUUCUUUGCCAAUACGUAACUAUUCAUCACCACAGAACGUUUAUUAUGCCAGUGCUAAAGAAUAUCGCCAAGAAAUAAGACGCUUUGGUGAUGAGCACAUUGGAAUCAAUACAAGUUUUUCUACUGCACUACCAUCUUCGCAAUUACAGGCUCUUUUCGUGCGACGGAGCAACUUUGAGCACUUUGAUUCAUCCCAGCUUAAGGAUAAAUAUAAAGAUGAACAUGCCAUUCUUAGAGAUAACCCAAAGCUACAUCUAUAUGAAGCAAAAAAGGAUCAUUUCAACGUUAAAUUACAAGAAAAUAAAAAUAGAAGUAUUCCUGAAAUUAAUCACUUUUUAGGUAACAAACCAAAGGAUAAAGAAACUGGUUUAAUUACUCUGGAAGAUGAUGAAAAUAUCGUUCUACACUCUGACGAUGAUUUCCAUCCACAAGACAAUAAUAAGUCUACAUUGCCAUACAUCAUAAAAAAAAUAGGAGUUUAUAAACAAAGUUGGCCAAACGAUACUACAACUAGUUACAACCGUAGACUUUUACGUCGUAAGGAAUCGGACACCAAACAUGAUUAUGGAGUUUUUUCCACUCUCUUAUACCAAAUAAGGUUACCCUAUCCCUCUCGAACUAACGCUGACAUAACUGAGAAUAAAACACUCUUGAGUGACAAAGAAAAUAAUAUUUCCAGUACACUGUCACCAAGCACUGGGAAGAUUGCAAGUGACAAUAGACCACACAGGAGUGUGAGCACCAACACAACUGCUGUUUCUUUUUAUCCAGAACGGAGUGUUACCUCUCACUCCAACUUUUCUAAACGCUUUCCAACAGUAAAUAAACACACGAAUUAUUCUGAAUCAGCCAUACUCAACGUUCUCUCAAAAUCUGCACCGUAUUAUAUUUCCACUAGUCACUUUGGAGAAGACUUCUCCAAUGCUACUCGAAAAAUUGGCGUAAAAUUAUAUCCAGAAGUCACCUUGGGAAGUAUGUCUCCAAUAUUACUAGGAAGCCUGACGUGAAAUAUAACACUACAAGUCAAACAUUUGUCUCCGAUAUAACCAGAGAGCUUGGAAGGCAGUGUCAGUUUAUGAGUCAUAUUAGCAAAGAUGACUCUAAUUUAACAGAAAACAGUGAUUUACAAAGGAACUCUACCAUAAAGUUUGAAGAAGGUGUCCAUAAUUAUACGAAGAUAGGACUCCAUAAUCCCUCGGAGCUUAUUACUUCAAGUGGUCCGAGUGUAAUCAGGAAACUUCAGUCCCGAUGUAGCUUGACAAAUCAUUUUAAGGCAGGUAUGUCCAAUGCUCGUGAAAAACCUUCAGUGAAAUAUCUGAAUUACUUACUUCUAUCAAUAAAGUCUUUGACUAGAAACACGAGUCACCAAAACAAUUUGUCUUUUAUUCAUUCAUUGAGAUCCCAACCAGUUUCGUCUAGUGAUUAUCAAGAAGACAUUGUGAAAACGAAACUCAUCACAGACAGUCAAUUUCACAUCUUACCUACACAUCGGAACUUCACCAAUGGUAUAGUAAAUAGGCUCAAUCCGCUAUCGGAAAUGGAAUCAGAUAUAACCAAUGAUAAAUUGUUCAAUAACACCAGAAAAAAAGUUUCGGAUUUGGAUCCAGAGAUGACUGACGAAGCAGUACUUUCUCUCUCGGCUAAUGACAAAGAUUUUUCUCCAGAUACUAGUCGAUUUGCUGCGCUUAAAACCGAAGAAGGACUUCGGAAUAAAGUAGAACUUACUGUGAAAGAACAUCUUACCAUAACACCAAGAUCUUCCCAUGAGCACCCCACAAAAUAUUAUGAAGAAAUACCACAAUUGUCAUCGCCAAAACCAAAGCCAGUUGUUGUGGCAAACAUUUCGCGUUUAAAUUCAGAAAAACGUUUAAAAGAGCAUCCGUCGUCAACUUUACAUUUACACAAUGACCAACAAGACAAUUCUGUAAAAUUCUUUACAACUCCUAUCGUCGACAUUCUACCAGGGAAUGAAGAAUCGAGCACUGUUCUUAACUAUCGAGACAAACAGAACAUGGAGUCUUCAAAAGAAUUUAUUCAUGCAAUCCGCAUGACGGGAAAUGGAGAAAAUUUUUUUUAGAAAUUUCUCCGAUUGGGGUAAAUCGCAAAACAAAUUAUGGGAAUUUGCAUGGGGAUUCCACGUUUAUUUCACGGGUUCAUUGUUUGGAUUACUAGCACUGUAUUCGUUUUUAAGUAUCUUGAGGCUAAGAAGAAUUGAAAAACUUUUUUGUAAUGGGUAUUUUAUCAGUAUUAGCUUGAUUAUUUUUGUCAUGGGGAUUAUCAGAGCUUUGUACUUACUUUUUAAUCCAUAUAACACACAGGGUUUCUAUUCCCCAGUAAUGAAUUAUUUUAUACUCAACAGUGGCUUUCUUUGUGUUACGUCAGCUUUUGCCGUUUUGUGUUUAGCUCUGAUACAAGUCACAGAAAUCAAGGUUUUACCCAAACGUGUCCAAAACUCGUGUUUCUUAGCAGGAAUUCUAUUUUUUCAGUUUACAGUUUGCAUUUUGACAGAUAUUUUACACGGUUUGGGUUUGGCAAAGAAACUGUUGCUUUUAGGUCGACAAAUUUCAGAGCUUUUAUGGGCCAUGACAUUAACAGCAGGGUAUUUUUACUCCUUCAGAAAGCUUCACACAUCAGCAGUUAGAAAAGAAGGUAAGAUGGUCCGAGCUGCUUUAACUAGACUCCAUAUCGAGGGUGCUCAGCUGCCCAGAAGACUUCCAAAAUCAAAUCUCUGUCUCGCUGUUCGAUUAACCACCGUAACUGCAGUCUUCAAUGCCCUGUUGGUAGCCCUACAUAUGUUUGGAAUAAUUUAUGUGUAUGACGUCUUCAGGACUGAAAAGCCUGAGCUGUGGACUUGGUGGGGGUACCAACUUGGUUGUCGUUUAUUAGAACUUUUAAUAUGCCUUACCAUUUCAUUUGUUGUAACUCUUCCUAUGAGACAUUUCGAACCAGAUCAACAAAAAUGUUAUAGCUUUUUCUUUCAAGAUUCCCCUAGUACAGUUGCUUGCUGUUGUUCUUCCGAAAACGAGGAGGUUGAAAGUGAAAUUUUCCCCUUUUGCUUUGCUAACUAUCAAGGUGAGCCUAAUGUCGCUUUUUCUACCUCGCCACUGGAAGGGGCAAGACCACUAAAUCACACCAGUUCUCUACCUACUAUCUUAACGUAUACCAUUGAAUCUGAAAAUUUCACGAGGGCACCAGUUCCCAGCGAUAAAUUACAAAGACAAACAAAUCCAAGUGCUCCUACACUGUUAUAUCCUGAUAUGUCAAAACAAACUGCUAGUCAACCGUAUAGAAAUAACAGUGAUGCUGAACCAAAAAAGCUUAUGGUCCCUCAAAGGAAACCUAUGGAAAGAGAGUUUAAUUCUGUAUUGUACCUAGAUCAGGGCUUCAUCCGAUUCCGUACAGCUGCCCACACAGAACAACAUUUAGAUAUCAGUGAAGAUGAACUUUCUGAAGAAAAAAGCAGCUAUGAUGAAAACGACUCCACGAAGGCCAAUGCUGGUUCUAGCAUACAUACAUUGUGCAAAGAUGACUUUGUACAAACAUCCCUCUCUCCUUUUUUUCGGGCUGGCUUUUAUCAUUCGCGGUUUAAAAGAAUGAGUCGUUGGAGUUUGGAUACCACUGACAACAGCGUUGAGUUGUCUCCAGAACAACUAAGUAACGUAACAUUGAAAACCGGGCAUUCAAAUAGUGUUCUGGAUUUUGUUUCAAGGAAACAAGGAAGCACUUGCAGUUCCGAAAGUGCUGCCAAUAGUUUUAAUGUGGCUUUCUUCCCUAGCCAUUCUGUAGGUGUAUCGGCCAACGUUUCUCAAACUUUGUUUGCGGAAAUCAAUGAUGAAACGACCUUUAGCAACAACUUCGCUGAUCCAAUGGGACGAAGUGUCUCUCCAGUAGCUUCAUCAGUGCAGCGACAUCACGAAUUCCAGCUGAACCUGGACUUACCCUACACGAGAGAUGUGGAGCAUGUAAAUGUUGCUUGUGGAACAGAAGACAUAACUCCAGACUCGGCAAUUUACCUCGAUCUACAGCUUACACAAGAAAACCUUGGUCUUGAUAAAAAGUAUUUUCCCUUGGAAACUUCUUUAAGAAAAUCACCAUUUAGCCAAUCUUUAACAGAUAUAAGCAAACUCAAAACACUUAUUAUCUUGCCUGAUGAAUGUUCAAAGACAAAGAAAAACUCUGUGGAGUUUCUUGGGCAGGUUAAAGAUUCAAAUGGGUACGAACUUUCAGAGGCUGAGAUGCUCUCCCCAGCAACAGAUUUUGUGUUAUGCGGAAUCCAGCCACUAGGACAACUAAGAAGAUCAAAAAGUGCCAAAGAAACACCCUUUAUUGAAAACAGAGAUUUCUUUACUCCACUUUCAGUUGUGAAAGAUAGUCAUGUUAUAAGCAUAAAGAAUUUGCAGCAAGGUGACAGUGGACUUCUUAAAGACUCGGUUGGAAAUUUGGUCCAAGUCCAUCAAGCAUGUCAGACUGAGCCAACAACUGUUCAAGAAAAUUGUGUCAUCACAAGAAAGCAAAUCAAACGAGAACAUUGUAAAUGUCCAAUAUUUGAUAAAGACGAAAUUUUGGUUUAAAAUCUAAAUAUUGUAUUUGAAGGUUAUACUGUAACUGACUAGAUGAGAAGUAUUUCCUGAAUAUAUAUAUGAGUUAGUAAUGUUGUAAUGCCAUUGGUGAUGCUGUCGUUAAGCGCUGAACUAGAAUCUUGUAUGAUAAUGUAAAACAAACGUAAAUUGUCAUUGUAUUUUAAUGUAAUUGGUAGUUUAAUGUGUAUGAAUGGUUUGAUUAAGUAACGACCACCUUUUACAACCGUAAACUGACCUACAAAGAUGUCCCGGAGCCAGUAGCCAAUCUAACAUUCGUGGAUUUUACAAAAAGACAAUGCACAACAGAAAAUCUCAUAUUUAUUUUCCUACUGUAAAAUUUUAAAAUGUUUGAAUAUAUAGUUUGUGUAAAAUGAACCAUGCCUGUAUGGUAUUCCGUAAGUCAUUGUACUUGGUGUUCUUUUGUCGACAAAGAAUUUCUGGUUAACAAGACAGGAAAAACUUUUGUGAAGCUUAAUUAUUCGUUAUAUGUUGUAAGAAAAUAUCCAUUUGUUUCUCAUUCUGUUAUCUCGUUGACGAAGCAUUAAACUGGUUCAUAUUAAAUAUUGCAGUUACAAUAGCCAGCAGCUAUUCGUAAAGAGGUUUGAUAGACAUUUUGAUUUUUUCACUACAGACCGUUUAUAUUAGAUAAAGAGCUCUCUUUGCAGUGUGUCAACAGACACGAUAAGAUGUCGUAGUUGAAGCUGGGAUCAUUAGUAGUACUACCAGGACGUGAAACCUCUCCCCACAGGCUGUCAUUGGAAAUGUCACGAACCUCCAUCAGUGUUCUCGUAAACAUAAUGAUGUAGGUGACUUCUUGGUCGUGUCAUUGUGGACUGGCAUGUCAGAAUUAUAACUGAAACUAUAUAGUAGAUGCCAUUCUCUGCUAUGGAAGAUAGGGUGACUUGCUUAAAAACAACCCCGUGGUAGACACAUGCUGUAUAUAUUCUAUGAAGCACCAAAACUUCGUGGUAUCAGUUGAGAUCAGAAUCAUUACUAAGGACCAGUGAAGGAAUGUCAAUUACAGGCACAGUCACGUUUUUAUAGUAUAUAGUGAGUAAAUAUGAAACUAGAGCCCGAGACAUUGGAGAUUAAAAUAUUUCUCAAUCA